AUGGCUGUGGGAACGGCUUCGUUGCAAGAGCGCUUGGAAAAGUGGUCCCAGCGCUUAAAUAAUUUGACUGUUUCGCCAUUGACUCGGGACUAUCCCGACACCCAAAAGCAGGAUGGCAAACGCACCAUUGAGGCCUUUGAGUCUGUCAAGCUCCCCAAGGAUACCCAAUUAGCUGUGAAGAAGCUGUCGGGGUCCUCUUCUUCGGAUUUUACCGUUUUCUUGACUGCCUUUGUGGUCCUGGUUGCUCGUUUGACCGGCGACGAGGACAUCGCCGUGGGCACCAGCGUUGGUGAUGAUGGCCGCCCGUUCGUUAUCCGGGUCCCCAUUAGUGCGUCGGAGACCUUCACUCAGCUGUAUGCUAAAGUGGACAAGGUCUUCCAAGAAGGUGCCUCCGAUAUCGUGCCCCUCGGUAGCCUCCGCUCUUACAUUCAGGACAAGUCCAAGUCCGAACAACCUCCCAUCCUUUUCCGAUUCGCAGCCUACGAUGCCCCUGCCGCCUCACAGGAAUACCCUGCCAACACUUUUGAUAGCACUGACUUGGUGAUCAACGUUGCACCGGGAAGCUCAGAGGUUGAGCUGGGUGCCUACUACAAUCAGCGUCUCUUUUCAAGUGCUCGCAUUGCUACUAUUCUCAAGCAACUUGCUCAGAUCACUAUCAAUGCGGCGGCGAACCCGGAGGAGGCCAUUGGCCGGGUGGAUAUGAUGACCGAAGACCAGCGCUCUCUUCUGCCAGACCCAACCAAGGACCUGAACUGGUCAAAGUUCCGUGGUGCUAUUCAUGAUAUCUUUUCUGCCAAUGCAGAGAAGCACCCCGAGAAGGUCUGCGUAGUGGAGACAAAGUCAAGCAACUCUCCCCACCGAGAGUUCACUUAUAAGCAGAUUAAUGAGGCUUCCAACAUUCUCGGACACCAUCUUGUGCAAUCCGGUAUCCAACGCGGUGAAGUCGUCAUGGUGUAUGCCUACCGCGGCGUCGACUUGGUUGUUGCUGUCAUGGGUGUCUUGAAGGCUGGUGCUACUUUCUCCGUCAUCGAUCCCGCAUAUCCCCCGGAGCGUCAAAAUAUUUAUUUGGAUGUUGCUCGUCCUCGUGCACUAGUCAGCAUUGCCAAGGCCUCUCGGGAUGCUGGUGAGCUCUCGGAUAUUGUCCGCUCAUUCAUCGCCGAGAACCUCGAGCUCCGCACAGAAGUGCCUGCUCUUGCCCUUCAAGACGAUGGAACCCUUGUUGGUGGUACCGUCGAUGGUCAGGAUAUCUUUGCAAACCAGGUGGAGCUGAAGUCUAAUAACGUUGGUGUCGUGGUCGGCCCUGAUUCGACUCCGACGUUGUCUUUCACAUCUGGUUCAGAGGGUCGCCCCAAGGGUGUCCGCGGACGCCACUUCUCUCUUGCCUAUUACUUCCCCUGGAUGUCUGAAACCUUCAAGCUCACUCCCAACGACAAGUUCACCAUGCUGAGCGGUAUUGCGCACGACCCCAUCCAGAGAGAUAUAUUCACUCCCUUGUUCUUGGGUGCCGAGCUAUUGGUCCCAGCCAGGGAAGAUAUUCAGAAUGAGAAGCUCGCGGAGUGGAUGCAGCAGUAUGGUGCUACUGUUACUCACUUGACUCCAGCUAUGGGUCAAAUUCUUGUCGGUGGUGCCUCGGCGCAGUUCCCGGCUCUUCACCAUGCCUUCUUUGUCGGCGAUGUUUUAAUCAAGCGUGACUGCCGCUCACUCCAGGGUCUGGCUCCCAACUGUUUCAUUACUAACAUGUACGGCACCACGGAGACUCAGCGUGCUGUGAGUUACUUUGAAAUCCCUAGCUACUCGAGCCAGGAGGGCUACCUUGAUACUAUGAAGGAUGUCAUCCCGGCAGGCCGUGGUAUGCUGGAUGUUCAAAUGCUGGUUGUUAACCGCUUUGACCCUACUCGUAUUUGCGCCAUCGGUGAAGUUGGUGAGAUCUACGUGCGUGCUGCCGGUCUCGCUGAAGGCUACCUGGGCUCCCCCGAUCUGAACACCAAGAAGUUUUUGACCAACUGGUUUGUGAAGCCUGAGGUCUGGACUGAGAAGGAUAAGGCUCAGGACGGCAAGGAGCCGUGGCGGGAGUUCUAUGUUGGCCCAAGAGAUCGCCUUUAUCGCAGUGGUGACCUUGGAAGAUACACUCCAACUGGUGACGUCGAGUGCUCGGGUCGUGCUGAUGACCAAGUGAAGAUUCGUGGUUUCCGUAUCGAGCUGGGUGAAAUUGAUACUCACCUGUCUCGUCACCCCUUGGUCCGUGAGAAUGUCACUCUAGUCCGACGUGACAAGUUCGAGGAGCCAACUCUGGUCAGCUACUUCGUUCCCGAUAUGAGCAAGUGGGCUCAGUGGCUGGAGAGCAAAGGUAUUCAAGACGAUGAUUCUACCGAUGGUAUGGUUGGUAUGCUGCGACGCUUCCGUCCUUUGCGUGAUGAUGCUCGCGACCAUCUCCGCAGCAAGCUCCCUACCUACGCCGUGCCUACUGUUAUCAUUCCUCUCAAGCGUAUGCCGCUCAACCCCAACGGCAAGAUCGACAAACCCGCUCUGCCUUUCCCUGACACCGCGGAGCUUAGUGCCGCCGCCCCUCGCCGCCGCUCCUCCGCGGUUCAAGCACUGUCCGAGACUGAGCAGGCUCUUGCUCAGAUUUGGGCCAAGCUCAUCCCCAACGUGACCUCCCGUAUGAUUAGCCCCGAUGACUCGUUCUUCGAUCUUGGUGGUCACAGUAUUCUUGCGCAACAGAUGUUCUUCGACUUGCGACGCAAGUGGCGGGGUAUUGACAUUAGCAUGAACUCUAUCUUCCGCAGCCCUACCUUGAAGGGCUUUGCUGGUGAGAUUGAUCGUCUGCUUGACCGAGAGUCCUUUGCGACUAGCGACGACCCUGACAAGGGUGCCGCACAAGCUCACAAUGAGCCCGACGAUGAAUACUCUAAGGAUGCCCGGAAGUUGGCCAGCGAGCUUCCCAAGGCAUUCCCUGUGCGGACGGAGCCAAUGCUUGAUAGCGAGCCUACCAUCUUCCUUACCGGAGCCACUGGUUUCCUUGGUGCCCACAUUCUUCGUGAUCUGCUCACUCGCAAGUCUCCCUCCACUAAGGUUGUUGCCUUGGUUCGUGCCAAGAGUGAGGAGCAGGCUCUUGAGCGACUUCGGUCGACGUGCCGUGCUUAUGGCUUCUGGGAUGAGUCUUGGGCCAGCGACAACAAACUUCAAGCCAUCUGUGGUGACCUUGGCAACCCGCAAUUUGGCCUGUCGCAGUCCUUGUGGGAUGAUCUUACAAACCGUGUCGAUGCUGUGAUCCACAACGGUGCCCUUGUUCACUGGGUCUACCCUUACGCGACCCUCAAGCCCGCCAAUGUGAUGGGUACCAUAGAUGCCCUUAAGCUGUGUGCUACCGGCAAAGCUAAACAAUUUGCCUUUGUCAGCUCCACUAGUGCCCUUGAUAAGGAUUACUAUGUAGAGGAAUCCGAGCGCAGUCUUGCGGCCGGUGGUGAUGGUGUCAGCGAGGAAGAUGAUCUCGAGGGCAGUGCCGUUGGUCUCGGCACUGGUUAUGGCCAGAGUAAGUGGGCCGGUGAGUACCUCGUCCGUGAGGCUGGUCGCCGGGGACUGAAGGGAACGAUUAUUCGGUCUGGAUACGUGCUGGGUGACUCUACCACCGGUACCACCAACACCGAUGACUUCCUGAUUCGCAUGUUGAAGGGUUGCAUUCAGUUGUCUGCCCGUCCCAACAUCAACAACACUGUCAACAUGGUUCCAGUGGACCACGUGGCUCGCAUUGUCAUUGCCACUGCCUUCCACCCUCCUCGCACCCCUGUCGGUGUCGCUCACGUCACUGGACACCCUCGUCUGCGUUUCAACCAGUUCCUUGGUGCUCUCGAACUAUAUGGAUACAAGGUCCCGCAAAUUGAUUACGUUCCCUGGUCUAUGGCCCUGGAGCAAUAUGUCAAUGACGGUCAGCACGACGACAAGGAUUCUCAGCAUGCUCUCAUGCCACUCUACCACUUUGUGACUUCGGACCUUCCUUCCAACACCAAGGCUCCGGAGCUAUCAGAUACCAAUGCUGCUGCGGCUCUCAAGGCCGACGCCGCAUGGUCAGGAGUUGAUGUGUCUGCUGGUGCUGGCGUGACCGAGGAGUUGGUUGGUCUGUAUGCCUCUUAUCUGGUGCAAACCGGAUUCCUCCCCGCCCCGACCGUCGCUGGGGCCCGUCCGCUUCCGCUUGCCCGUAUCACUGAGGAGCAGAAGAAGACUUUGUUGAGUGUUGGAGGUCGCGGUGGUGCGGCUUAA